UUAUAAUCAUGCUGUGUUUGGUUCUCUUUCCAACUUGCUCCUUUGUAGGUUGAGAGUUCUGUUACCUCAAUGGCAUUUUCUUCAAUUAUGAGUUCAGGAAUCGAUGUUUUGCUAUGGACAGAGAGAGUGUUGGGGAGAGGUGCCUUGAGCUGUGUGUUUAGAGGAAGAGUUGGGAUUUGGAGGACUGCUAUUGCUAUUAAAAGGUUGGAUAAGGAAGACAAGGAGUGUGCCAAGGCGUUUUGCAGAGAAUUGAUGAUUGCUAGUUCUCUGAAUGACACAAAUGUUAUUCCUCUUGUGGGGUUUUGUAUUGACUCGGAGGAGGGUUUGUUUUUUGUGUACAAGUAUGUGUCAGGAGGAAGCUUAGAGCAUCACUUACAUGGGAGGAAGAAGGGUGUGAAGGGUAGUUCACCACUUCCAUGGUCUGUGAGGUAUGAAGUUGCAAUUGGGAUUGCAGAAGCUGUGGCUUAUGUGCGUAAUGGUAUGAAGUUUCAUUUUAUCAUAACUUAUCAUAAUUUUGUAAUUCACUCUAAAGACUUAUCAUAUGGGUUUAUUUACAUAGACAAAGACUUGCCACAUAUACAUAUGAUUAUAAACUAUUUUUUACAUUUUAAUAGGAUAUGAAUUAAUUUACAAAAUGAUUACUAAGACCAAAAUAAUUAUUCACUCAUUAUUUUUUAAUACA